GCCCGGCCGCCCCCUCCCCCCGCUCCGCCCGCUCAGAACAUGAUGGCUGCACCUGAGGUGGCUGGUGUGGUGGACAAUGCCCCCAAUCCUCCAGAGUCCUCUUCUAGUGUAUGUGCUUCCAAAUCAGACGGAGGUCUCCUAGGUGCUCUAAGCCCCAAAGACCCUGCACAGAAGCACAAGAACUCGCCUCUGUCAAGUGUAAGUAGCCAAACGAUAACCAAGGAGAAUAACAGAAAUGUCCAUUUGGAACAGCCAGAGCAGAAUCCUGGUUCGUCAGCAGGUGACACUUCAGCAGCGCACCAGGCGGUUUUAGGAGAAAACUUGGUAGCCACAGCCCUUUGUCUUUCUGGCGGUGGGUCUCAGUCUGAUUUGAAGGACGUGGCCGACACAGCAGGAGAGGAGGGGGACACAUGCCUCCAGGAGAGCCUCCACCCUGUCACUCGGUCUCUUAAGGCAGGGUGCCAUACAAAGCAACUUGCCUCCAGGAAUUGUUCUGAAGAGAAAUCCCCACAAGCCUCCGUCCUAAAGGAAGGUAGCAGGGACGCAGGCUUGGAUUUCCGACCUGUAGUACCUCCAGCAAAUGGGGUUGAAGGAGUCAGAGUGGAUCAGGAUGAUGAUCAGGAUAGCUCUUCCCUGAAGCUUUCUCAGAACAUUGCUGUACAGACUGACUUUAAGACUGCUGAUUCAGAGGUAAACACAGAUCAAGAUAUUGAAAAGAACCUGGAUAAAAUGAUGACAGAGAGAACCCUGUUGAAGGAACGGUACCAGGAGGUCCUGGACAAGCAGAGGCAAGUGGAGAAUCAGCUCCAAGUACAGUUAAAGCAACUUCAGCAAAGGAGAGAAGAAGAAAUGAAGAAUCACCAGGAGAUAUUAAAGGCUAUCCAGGAUGUGACAAUAAAGCGAGAAGAGACAAAGAAGAAGAUAGAGAAAGAAAAGAAAGAGUUUUUGCAGAAGGAGCAGGAUCUGAAAGCUGAGAUUGAGAAACUUUGUGAGAAGGGCAGAAGAGAGGUAUGGGAAAUGGAAUUGGAUAGGCUCAAGAAUCAGGAUGGUGAAAUAAAUCAGAAUAUUAUGGAAGAGACAGAACGGGCCUGGAAGGCAGAGAUCUUAUCACUAGAGAGUCGGAAAGAGUUGCUGGUGUUAAAGCUAGAAGAAGCAGAGAAAGAGGCAGAACUGCACCUUACUUACCUCAAGUCAACUCCCCCGACCCUAGAGACAGUUCGUUCUAAACAGGAGUGGGAGACAAGACUGAAUGGAGUUCGGAUGAUGAAAAAGAAUGUCCGGGACCAAUUUAAUAGUCAUAUCCAACUAGUGAGGAAUGGAGCCAAGCUGAGUAGCCUGCCUCAAAUUCCUACUCCCACUUUGCCUCCACCCCCAUCAGAGACAGACUUCAUGCUUCAGGUGUUCCAACCCAGUCCCUCUUUGGUUCCUCGGAUGCCCUUCUCCAUUGGGCAGGUCACAAUGCCCAUGGUCAUGCCCAGUGCAGAUCCCCGUUCCUUAUCUUUCCCAAUCCUGAACCCUGCCAUUUCUCAGCCCAGCCAGCCUUCCCCACCCCUUCCUGGCUCCCAUGGGAGAAACAGCCCUGGUUUGGGUUCCCUUGUUAGUUCCCAUGGUCCGCACAUGCCCCCUGCUGCCUCCAUCCCGCCUCCCCCAGGCUUGGGUGGUAUUAAGGCUUCUACUGAAACUCCCCGGCCCCAACCAGUAGAAACUCCAGUAGACAAACUGGAGAAGAUCCUGGAAAAGCUGCUGACCCGGUUCCCACAGUGCAAUAAGGCCCAGAUGACCAACAUCCUUCAGCAGAUCAAGACAGCACGCACCACCAUGGCAGGUCUGACCAUGGAGGAGCUGAUCCAGCUGGUGGCUGCACGGCUGGCAGAGCAUGAACGGGCAGCAGCCAGCACCCAGCCACUUGGUCGGAUCCGGGCCUUGUUCCCUGCUCCGUUGACCCAAAUCAGUACCCCAAUGUUCUUGCCUUCUGCACAAGUUUCAUAUCCUGGAAGGUCUUCACAUGCUCCAGCCACCUGUAAGCUGUGUCUUAUGUGCCAGAAACUUGUCCAGCCCAGUGAGCUGCACCCAAUGGCAUGUACUCAUGUGUUGCAUAAGGAGUGUAUCAAAUUCUGGGCCCAGACCAACACAAAUGACACUUGUCCCUUUUGUCCAACUCUUAAAUGACGGACCGGAUUGGGUGGAAGAAGAAGAGAAACUGAUGUGAACAGGAAGCGCGGGUUCAAGAUUUCUAAAACUCUAUAUUUAUACAGUGACAUAUACUCAUGCCAUGUACAUUUUUAUUAUAUAGGGUAAUGUGUGUAUAGAAAGUCUGUAUUCAAAUGUUCGUAAAUGAAAGUAUGUAUAUUAUGCAGAAUGGUCUGUCCCCUUCACCAUGCAGUCCCUUUGGGGGGUGCAGAUUGUAGCUAAGAUGAUAUUUAGUUUGACCUUGAAAUUAUGAUAUUGCUGCCUAAAGCUGUUUCCAAGUAUAAUAUAAAAACCAUUAGGAAGCUACUGUUGCUCUAAGGCUAUCCUACUUUGAUUUGGCUCAACUACAAGUCCAUUUUCUUAAAUCUUAUGUAUGCAGAUUUCAGCCCUGGUGCUCACCCACUGUCCAAAUGGAUGCCUUGCUUACUGAAAGCCUCCCAAGCCUCAGUGUGUUCUAGAAACUCUACUUCAAAUGGAAAAAUGAGACUGAUUGAGGAAAAAAAUGUAACCCUAAUAGUUUGACUUUUUCAUUGAGUAUUUUACUCUGUUAGCUCUUAUUUUUUGUACAUAGACUUUAGGUUUAUAGAAUAUUCUGUUUUACAUCAGCAAAAUUCACAGUCUUAAGAAUAACAGCAUAACCAGGUCCCAUUUCCCUCACACUUUCACAGACUUCUGUUCCUAGAUAGUCAUCUCUAGAAAUUAGCACAAUCUACAGGUCUCUUCUGGCAAGCCAUCCCUCGCCACCAUGGACUUGGUCAACCUUGUCAAGUCCUUACCUCUCCCCUUGUAUUUCUGGUCUCAGUCUACCUAGCCCCAUACCCCUUCGAAAGUUAAGGCAGAUAAUUCACAACCAAGUUGUGUGGUGACCUUGGAUGAGCUCUAGGCAGGCACUGGGGUGAGGAGGUGUCUGCAAAAUUAUUUUCAGAAUGAUCUUGAGAUGCUGGGUUUUAAUUUUUGAAGCAAGAAAGUGAUAGAGGGCACGUGUCCUGCCCUGGGGAAAAUGGAGACCAAAGUGAUGUGAAGAGAGCUGGGGUUUCAGGUCUAUAUGUCAUUUGUUAUAUGGACAGUUAUCUGGAAUUAGAUCAUUUUUCCAACUCUACUUACUGAGCAAUUCUGGUUUAUACCUAGGAAAACUGUGACUCUGUUAGAGCUUUGAAUCUUUUCUUAUCUUUUAUCUUUACCCUUAGCAGAAGUGGCUUCAGCACUCUUCUUUUUUGGAAUUAACAACUGAAAACUUAGUGUCAAUUUUAAAAAUAUAUGUAUCCAUGGGAAAGGGUAUUAUUAUAUCACCAACAGCUGAAUUUUUUUUCCAUUCUGGGAUCUGGAAAUGCUUACUCACACUAGCAAUACAUUAGUGUAGCAAACACUGUUAGUUUUCAUGUUCAUCUAAUUUUCUCCUUUCUGUUUUUGUUACUUUUUCUUCUUUGUCUUUCAUCCUUACCUGUCAGCUCAUGGACAUAUUCUUCCUCUUCUCUUGUCUUACUUGCCCAGAUUUAUUGAUUGACAUCAGUCUAAGGAACUGGAUUUCCCAGAAACUUCUGGGCAUCUUGUAGGGUUAUUGAAAUGGCCUGAGUGGGUUAAUGAAGUGACAUUAAUCCACUUCCCUUGGUUAAUAAAAUAUGAAUGUCUCCUGUG